AUGUCCACCACAAUCCCAACAAUCGGUCUCUCCCCUUACCUCACCGCAGCCAAUAGCAAUGACCCCCAAAAAGCCACCGUCAUCGCCGCGAUCCGCGAAGCCUGCCAAACAACCGGCUUCUUCCGCAUCACCCACCACGGCAUCUCCCCCUUCCUCCAGUCCGACCUCCUGACCGCCGCAAAGCACUUCUUCGCGCUUCCGCUCGCAACCAAGCGCCGGUACAUCGAUACAACCGCCCGAAAGGGGUACGAGGAGAUUGGCUCUCAGACACUGCAGCAGGGAACGAGGCCUGACAUCAAAGAAAGCUACAUGGUCGGAACGGAACUCACCGCACCGAAGAAACCGCCUUACCGACCGUUCGAGUAUCCUAAUAUCUGGCCUGACGCGUCCAUCCUCCCGGAGGCGGUCUUCAAGGAGCCGAUCUUGAAGUACCAUGAGGCUAUCUGUGAGCUUGCUCGAAUUAUCAUGGAGAUUCUGCUAAAGGGGUUGGAGGAUGAUUUUCCUGGGCUGCGAUCGGAGAAAUUGCUGCAAGAUUUCUGUCGAGAGCCCUGCGCGAGCUUGAGGCUAUUGAGAUAUCCGGGGCCAUCGUCUCGCGGGGAUGGCGAGGUUGUGGCGGGGGCGCAUACCGACUUUGGGGGUAUCACGCUUUUGCUGCAGGAUGGGAAUGAGGGACUGCAAGUUUUAUAUCGCCAAGGGAGAAACGAGGACCAAGGAAUAGACGGGGAACGGGAAGCGGAAGCCUGGGUUGAUGGUCCAUCCACGCCGGAUGCUUAUGUUGUGAACAUCGGAGACAUGUUUGAAAGAUGGACCGGGGGCCGGUAUCGGAGUACCGUUCACCGGGUGGUGAAUGUCUGUGGGAGAGAGAGGUACUCGGUGCCGUUUUUCUAUGAUGGAAAUCUGGAUUUUAAGGUUCAGCCCUUAGACAAGAAGGCCUCUUUGAAGGGGAAAGGUCGUGAGGUAACGGUCAGAGAGUAUUUGAUGAAGAAGUUUGAGGAGAUCUAUCUUUGAUGCAAG